AUGUUCCACGGAAAUUCUUGUGCAGGAGCAUCCUCAGCAGACCCUGACAAAACUACAGUGGGCGAUAAUGUUCAGAAGUAUCUUCACUUUCUAAGCCAUCUACACGCAGACCACACCGUCAACUUGAAGUCAACAUUUACUGGGUACAUUUACACCUCGCCAUUCAACGGUUGGCUUGUCAAAAGAUGGUUCAAGAUCAAGCCAGAACUGGUGGUCAGUUUGUCGGUGGGAGCUUCACACGUCUUGUACGAAGAGAGCUCACAAUCACACUUCAGCGUCACGCUGCUCGACGCGAACCACUGCCCUGGCUCCGUCAUGUUCCUGUUCCAAGGAAAAUUUGGCAACAUUUUUUACACUGGUGACUUCCGGUACAAUCCCGAUGUCCUUGAACAUCCAAUAUUGAAAUCAGUUAUCGACAACGAAUGUGUCAAUAGACUCUACUUAGACAAUACAUUUGCUGCAGAACAUUGUAAAUUUCCACCACGAGAGAAAGUCCUCCAGGAUAUCAUCAGUCUGAUCAGGUACAUUCCACGACAGACAUUGGUCAAGAAACACACCAAAUGUGUUUUAGUUCAUCCCCUCUCUCUAAAUAAGGUGGUCCUGAUACGUGAUCUUUAA